AUGAAAUUCUUUCGUAGCCUCUACCUAAUUCCUAUCGCUAUUCGUAUAGCAGUCGUGCUCGCAGGCCGUCCAGGAGGAGUCAAUGGGGUUGGUGCUGGUGGAAAUAAAGGCCAUGCCUUCGGCGGCUCCAACCAUAACGGGAAUGCCGGCGCUCAUGGAAAUGGGUCUCCAGCGAACAAAAACGUGAAUAACAAUGGACAUGGUGGUAACGCCGGCUAUGGGUCUAUAGCUUCUCAUGGUCAAGGGCAGGGAAAUGUCCAAGGCUCACAUGGAAUCAACUCCAUUGUGAAUGCUAUCAACUCGGUAGAUCAACAGGUUCAUGGGGUGAACCUCGCUAUACGAAGCAUAAGGGCUGGCGGCAACAUUGACCAUCUCGACUCAACAUUACAAUCAUUAACAUCCACGAUCCGGGCAACCUCUAAUAGAAUUGCUGCGGCUGGAUCCUUCAACGAUGGGGAUAUACAUUCCCUCAAAUUAGCCAUCCAACCAUUCCACCAAUCAAUUGGUACACUCGUCACGCAAUUAGUAGCGAGGCGGGAUACGAUAGCUAGGCUUUGUGGAUGCCGCGCUAUACAAGGAGCUAUCAACCAUAUACGGGGUUCGACUCGUAUCAUGUUUGAUGGCAUAAAGAAUCAAGUAGGUCAUGGCAGAUCUUUCCACGGAGGUAAAAAUGGGUUCAAUUCUUUGCAUUCCUUCGAUUCCGGUAUAGCCAGUUUCCUUAAUCACGGAUAUGCAGCCUUCGGAUUCGCCAAUUGUAUUGAUGUUCAAGCCAUUCCGUCGUCACUAAGCACCUACACAACGAGCACAUGGACAUCAUCAACAAUGACAGCUUUUACGACCGUGGUCGUCACAAACACAGUUGUUAAAACAGUUAUAAGCACAUCUUGGGUAUCUGAAUACUACAGCACAUACACCAGUGGAUACAGUUCAUAUACUUGGACAGCUACUACAGGUAAUGGUCCAUACAGCACUAGAGGCAAUGGAUAUCAGGGAACAAACGUGCCUUCGGACUCCUCAGGUUUCGGCUACGGCGGAAACGGUGGAUCCUCGAAUACACACGGCCACCGCAACGUGGACAACUAA